AAAACAAUCCGUGUGAACGCCAUAAAACUGCUACGGCUUGAUCGAAUCGCGCUCUUCAAGGAUUGUUGCUUGGCACUGCCGACUCGACGUUAUCGUGUCCAUGAUUCCUCUGUGCUCGCCAGUAACACUCAACAAAGUUAUUUCGUCGCACUGGAGAAGCAGUGGGAUCUGAAGUUGCCAGUCGCUGCACGAAAAGCCAACAUUUCAGUGAUUCACUAA